UUAGACGGAACUACUCGUGAACUCCGGGAUAGUUACAGUCGGACAACUAUUUCCUUUAGCUAGCAUGUAGCUUUUUGUCAGUGUUCAUGGAUCUGACUCAGACCUGUUGCAACCACUGGAGCACAAUCAAGUCACAAGUCCUUUAACCGUACUGAAACUGUUUAUUGACAUGGAUAUUUUAGGGGACGAUGAGUCUCUUGAGCAGAAAUACAAACGUUCAGGUCGUUUGGAUAUGAGCCACGGCUUCCUGCACCAUAUCCGGAGGAACCAGAUCGCUCGAGACGAUUAUGACAAGGAGGUGAAGCAAGCCAAAGAGCUGCAGCGGCGGAGGCACACCACCACCCCGAGGCGACCCCGCAGACCCGAUAUCCAGGUGUACCAUCCUCGCCGCAGACACGGAUCCGAGCCGGGUGCCGGGGCAGAUGCUGAAGAGUGGAACGAGAGCGGGUCGAGCACAGAAACAGAGUCUCACGGGACUGAACUCUUCUGGCUGGACUAUCAGGCCGACUCUGGUUCCAUCACCUCCUUCCUUGUGCACAAGGAGGAUAAACCCGCGAAGGUGGUGGAACGCGUUGCAGAGAAGAACAUCCUGGAUUCAGCCAUGAGAGCGGCUCUAGAGACUCGAAUCCGAAAGGAAAUCGACAAAAGACGAGACAAACGCUGAGGGAAGUCCGAAACAGCAAGAUGAUGAUGACAGCAGGACUACAGAUUAAAAAAAAAAGAAAAA